AUGACAUCCUCAUUUGCAGCGGUAGCAGCACGACUAGGCGUCGGCCUCAUCUACGGCGUCGCGAAUAUCAUCCUCCCCCUUCGCCGACUCAUCUGGGACCUGGCAUCAACUCUGCACAACGCGUUCUCACCGCUCCUGCCUGAAGACCGCGUGGUGCCAGAAGGCCGGCCGGGCGAGGGCGGGCUCUGGCCACGGCUCAUCCCUCCGAAAGACACGGACAGUUGGAGCUGCUUCUCGAUGCUGAACGCCAUGGCGAACCAAGGAACCCUCCCUCGAAACUGGCGCAACAUCACUUCCCGCGAGCUCAACACCGAAUGCCGGGAGAUAUUCAACCUCUCGCCGACCUCCUGUUUCUUCGCCCCGCACCACGCUGCGAACGCGAUGAAUCGCAACUACUGGACGGACAGGAUCGACCUCAGCGCGCAUAACUGCGUCGAUUACGACGCGAGAGGACGCCUUCCACAACCCGACCAGUCGGAACCCGUGCCGCACCUCAUCAAGGAGCUCCUCGAGAGCGGGACAGACCCAGGUGGCGACAUCACCGCGAGCGACCUUCCGCUCAUGCUCGGCAAGCGGGGCGCGCAGUCCCGGCUCGACGAGUCUGCGGCGGGCGGGAAGGACCUGUACCCCUACCUCAUUGAGGAGCGCAUCCGGAACCCCGGCGGCCUCAUGAUGACGACGUUCCAGAACACGGUGCUCAAGGUCGAGCUGGGCAUCACGGAGGAGGUCGAGGACACCCUCCGGCUCGUGCGCAUGGGCAGCAGUCACGAAGACGCCAAACCGAAGUGA